CCUAGACCUUCAUUACGAUUUUUAAGUUUGUGUAAUUGACAAAUGAUAUUCACUUCAACGUAUUCAUUAUUAUCCAUUAUUCAUGUUGUAAGUCUUUGCGGAAGCGCGUUUAGUUUGUUAAUCAAAAUAUCCAAUCCGUUUUGUCAUUUGGUGUAUCUUUUCUACAGUCUCAGCGAUAAAAUGGCGGUCCAUGUGUGAGAAGCAGUUACAUGCUUGGCUUUUGAGAAUUGAUGUUGUCACUGAAAUAUGUUUCCAUCACGUUCUCCUCGUAUGCGACACAGUAUACCUCAAAAUGGGCUCAAUGCACAUAUACCCAGAGGAAUGCAGGUGACGCACCAUGGUUUUACUCAUGAAAAUUCACCACACGUUCAACACAUAAGCCUUCCACAACCACCGAAUUUUCCACAAGUGUACCAGCAUGGGCCUUCUGAUACGACAACAGGGAGACCUCCGAUGGCAGGACCCAACGUACCCUUUCUCGGUGCACCACCACCACCAUCCAUCAUGGGUCCGCCCCAUUCUGGCCAGUCAGUACAUAAUCAAGCAAUGUUUCAAAACACAAAUCCGAGGUCACAGUUUCCUAAUGCACCCGAUUUAGGGCCAAGGAUGCAACCACCCUUUUCCCAUAUAAAAGAUUCGCCUCGUGAUACAUUUAUAUUGAAUCAACGAGCUGAUAUGAAUGUCCAAAGUUCAGCACUUCCACUGUUUAAUCAACCACCUUUCUCAAUUGGUGAGAACAGCAUACCCAACAGUUCAAGUAGUACUUAUCAUUCAUUCCAACUACCACCACCACCAAUGACAUUCGGAAAUGCUAACUCCUCAAACAUUAGGGGUCCUGAUAUGGUGACUGUAGGGAUGAUGCCUUUGCAUUCCACACAGGCCACAAUAGAGCCUAUGGACAUGAGGAACAAUAACUCUGAGCAUAUGUCUGGUCACAAUAUGAUGCUGAAUUUAUCAGAUGAUGAAGAUAAAUCUGACCCUUGCUAUGACAAAUAUCAAAGAGAAAACGAUCAGAAUUGGUUACAGAAUUGGUUAAAGAAACGUGGGAAAUUAAAAACAGUGCCAAUGCCAUUACAUAAGAAAUCUUCUGAUGUGACAACAGCAGAAUACAAGUUCCCAGAUGUCCAGAAGGCAUUCCAUCAAAGCAUCAUCCUCCUGGCCAAACUACAUCAUCAAUUACAGUCUCUGGAGACAAUGACCACCACAGCUGACCCCCAAGUGUGGGAGUCCGAGAAGAAUCUUACAGAGGAGUAUAAAGACAAGUGCAUAGAUGUCCACAAGUAUCUCAGCAAUGAAGAAAUGUUGGAAACUAUCAAGGCAAAAAGUCAAGCAAGACAGAGAAAGAGGGUACAGGUAAAGAGACGCAAGAAGGAGGAGUAUGAGAUGAAGUUAGCAGCAGCUGAAAAAACGAGAACAGCGUCAUAAGCAGCUGGAGGAAUGGAGGGAGAAGAUGUCACAGCAGGCUGAACAUGAAAAACAGAAAGAAGAGCUGAAGAAGUCUGCCGAUACCACACUGAGUUCUGUCCGGAAAAAGAUCUCAGAUGCCAAGAAGACACAGGAGUUCCUGAAGGCCCUCCAGAAGUUGCGGAAAGUCAGGAGAGUCGCCGCCAUAAACCAGGGCCGCUAUGCCUCCGAUGUGUAUGACAACAACUUUGAGAAGAAGAUGAAGAUGCUGACGUCACUGAUAGAGACACAGCAGACAGUGUAUGAGAGUGAGGAGAGGACAUUGAAGGUGAUGCUGGACACAGUGGAGGAGGAGACCAUGGAGAGAGAUAAGGAGAUUAAACGCUUGAAGGAACUGGCCAAGGAGAAGCGAGACAAGAAACUUGCCAUGGAAAAAUUAUUUGGGAAAAAAGCUGCUGUAACAGAAGAUGCGGAGUUAUUUCCCUUUUAUAGCUACUACACUCAGGCUGAACACAGCAUAGAAGCACUGGUGCAGAUUAGACAUGAGUGGGACCUUCAUCUCGUACCACCCAACAUCCCUGCAGGGAGUCGUAUCCCGGAUGGCUGGGUCAUUCCUGCUGAACCAUCAUCAGAGGCCUGCGCGUCCGCUUUGAAGGAUUAAAUACUUUCUUACUUUAA